AUGGUCAGGCCUCACCUGGGCCGCACUACAUCCGACCUGGGUGGUGUUUGCAGCUUGCAGCUCCCCAGGUGCGGCGCGGAGACAGGAAGCCGGCCCCUCCCGCGCCCGCGGGCCGGGCUGUUGCGCCAUCCGCUCCGGGCUUUCGUAACCGCACCCGAGGUUGGCCCAGAGCCGCUCCAGCGCGAGUUCCUCAAAUGUUUCCCUGCGUUGCCAGGCCCGUCAGCUGCGCUCAGUCACGUGCAAGUGGGGAGUCGUGCGGGCUCCGAGCGGGCCCCAAGCGAGCCGGCGCCGCACGAGGCCGGGCGCUGCGGAGAAGCAUGGGGCGGUAGCCGAGCAGGAAGCAUGCUGGCCGUCCGCUGCGCGCUGCUGGCCGCCCUGCUGGCCGUGUCGGGGUCGGAGCAGGUCCCGGAGGACUGUCCCGCGCUCGAGGUGGAGCAAGAUGUGCUGGCCAGAGUGCCGGGGGCCAACGUCACCCUUACCUGCCCAGGCGUGGGACCAGAAGACAAUGCCACCGUCCACUGGGUGCUCAGGAGGGUGGAUGCCCACCAUGGCACACCGGCUGGCCUGGGGAGGAGGCUGCCUCUUAUAUCAGUGCAGCUCAAUGCCUCUGGCAACUACUCCUGCUACAAGGACGGCUGGCUAGCUGGGACCGUGCGCCUGCUGGUGGAGGCUCCCCCUGAAGAGCCCCACCUCUUCUGCUCCCGGAAGAGCCCCUUCCACAGUGUGUGGUGUGAGUGGAGUCCCCACAGCACCCCCUCGCCCACGACCAAGGCCCUGCUGUUGGUGAGGAAAUUAGACCAUCAAAUUCUGACCCUAAGCUUCCAGAAGGCAUGCCAGUAUUCCCAGCAGCGGCGCAUAUUCUCCUGCCCGUUGAAGGUUCCACAGUCAGACAGCUCACUGUACGUGGUGUCCCUGUGCGUCACCAACAGCGUCGGCAGUGAUGCCAGCAGGAUCCAAACAUUUGAGGGCUUCGGAGUCCUGCUGCCCGACCCGCCCGUCCACGUCAAGGUCACCCCCGUGGUCGGGAAGCCCCACAGGCUCAUGGUCACCUGGAAGGAUCCCCCCUCCUGGAACUCUACUUUCUACCGGCUGCGGUUUGAGAUCCGAUACCGGGUGGAGCAGUCAAAGACGUUCCUGACGAUCACGGAGAAGCAGAGCCACCACACCACCAUCUGCGACGCCCUGCGAGGCCAGCGGCACGUGGUCCAGGUGCGCGCCCAGGAGGAGUUCAGGCACGGCUUGUGGAGCGAGUGGAGCCCGGAGGUCGUCAGCGUUCCGUGGAUAGAUCCCGAGACUCUUGGCCCUGAGCUCGAGGUGCCUGCCUCCACCCAGGUCUCAGCUCCCUCGCACGACGAUGUCGUGGACGACGAUGACAACAGGCUGCCCCCUGAGGAUCCUAAAAACACAACAACCCUUCCAGUGCAAGAUCCCACUCUGGUGCCACUGUCCACCCUCCUGGUGGCUGGAGGAAGCCUGGCCUUGGGCACGUUCCUGUGCAUUGGCAUUGUGCUGAGGUUCAGGACGACGUGGAAGCAGCGAGCUCUGAAGGAAGGCAAGGGGAACGUGCACCCGCUCUACAAUCUGGGCCAUUUGGUUCCUGAGAGGCCCAAGGCCGCGCUGGUCCUUGUCCCCCUGAUCUCCCCGCCGGUGUCCCCCAGCAGCCCUGCGUCCAACAACACUUCGGGCCACAGCGGACCAGACGCCCGGGAUCCUCAGAGCUCUUACGACGUCAGCAACAGAGACUACUUCUUCCCCAGAUAAGCCGUCUGCUCCGGACCGUGGGAGCGUCGGAGAUGCCGCUGAGCUGUCUGUGUGUGAGCGGAGCUGCGCUGGCUUAGCAAAAAGGUGCUUCCUGACGCCAUUCCAAGUGGUCUCCGUUCUUCGUGAGACCUCCAGUUUGACCCGCCAAAGGAGCCCCCAGAAAGUUCUACACGGCGUGAACAUACACCGGCUGACCUCUUCCGAAGGAAGAGGUGGCUGAAGUGUUUGUACCACCCUUCUGCUAAUGCCCCGCCUCUGGGGUUAGAGCAGUGGCUCUCAGCCUUCCUCAUGCCUAGACCCUUUCAUACCGUUCCUCGUGUUGUGGUGACCCCAAAC